UUGAUCUGGUUUUGUUUAUUUUCUUCAUUUUUAAAAGUUCUUUUGUAUGUUGAAAACAGCAGAAACAUAUUUAGCUUGGAAAUUGCCCUAGAACGACAUUUGCUGGGAAUUAGCACUGCAAAAAUAAACCGAACUAAAUGAAGAUGCUCUUUGAAGGCUUAAUUAAAUGCAGUGAUUAGAAAUAGAAAGACUUAUACAGGUAAAAAGUUACAGAUUUGUAAUUGUUUUUGAUCAGUUUUGAGAUAAAAGGUUUGCUGCCGUUAAGAGUUGCAUCACGAGACAAAUCUAAACAUUUUUAGUAAUUGGUUGCUGCCCUCAUAUCACCAGCAUGUUUCACUAUGUGCAAAGAAAAAAGGCAUGGAAAUUAAAAAUUUACACAUUUGCAACAGGGUGCAGCAAACUAGUUUAGAUAUCUUGUAGAUAACCUCUGGAUUUAGGGUGGCGUUUCAGACUUGACCCACCAGGUGGAGGCAAUGAGGCAACAUUUGGAUUUUCUGGAGAGAUUAUCUCGUUUCCAGUCUGUGGGUUUCCCCAGAAUCCCCAGGAGCAGCAGCAGGAGGAGGCAACUAGAAAGAGCUGGGGUAUGAAUAGCUGCUAAAUUUACAGCUCUUUGAUUAAUGUGUAAGAUAGAAAACCAACAGAGUCUCUUUUAUGGUUUUUACUGGGGUAAUAAUGGCUAACUAAAAGAGCAGAACAGCAUAGCAAACAAAUACAGAUUUAGGCAGGAACACGUGAAAAAGGAGGUUUUUUUAGAAAACAUUUCUUAAAAAAACCCUAAAUGGCAGUCUUCAUUUCUGCUUGAUAGUGUUUUACCUUUUAACUUUAUAUAAAUAACUUUUCUCUCCUUAGUUGGGUCCUUUCUACCCACCCACUUUUGCAUAGUGAAGAACAGCAGCAAACCGCUUUAUGUUGUGUGUGGACAUUUGAUCACCAAUAUUACUUUUUAUUGAAUCCAUAUUGGUGCAAAUCUGUCAUAUAAAUUUUGUUCGUACUAGCUGGUAGAUUAUAAAGUUCCUAUGUAGUCUGCAUAAGUAUUUUUCAGAUCUGGACAAGUAUGUGAAAAUAAAAACGGAGUGUGAAAAAAAAUAUUGUUUUUCUAGAUUUGAUUCCCUUUACUAUUUUCUAAAAUAUCAAUCCAUCCAAAAAUCUGUCAUGAAUUCAUAUUGAAUUUAUGUGUUAGUACUUUUAAAAACGUUUUGCUUUGACAUGACUAAUGUGAUCCCUGGUUCAUAAAAUCUCUGUCACAGUUUCUGAAAUGAAUAAUUGUAAAAUCUUUAUGAGACUGUUGGUUCUGAUCCAACCAACUGAUAAAAAAAAAACGCUGGAAUUUCAUGAAAGAACUUGCAAUGUCAUUUUGGCAGCAACAUGCUGGACAAUCAUUUCAGAAAUGACUGCAUUCACAAUGAAGAGAAUAAUCUAUACAAUAUGAUGUUGAUGAAUGCAGUGGAAAUGCACACAGUUCAUUAUACAAACCUGACCUUUGAACCUUUAAGAUUAAACUUUACUGAGGUCUUGGAUCUGGACAAAGAUGAUCUGAUAGAGCAGAUUGUUCAGCUUUAAUCCGUGGGCCUUCAUUUUUAAAAAUUAUUGAAUAAAAAAUAUUAGUCAUUUUUUGCCAGAGUCACUUUUGGGGGAAAUAAAUAAAUAAAAAUAAAAACAUUGGCGAUUAUUUUAUUUUUAAGAAGGUGACGAAGUAAAAGUUUAUCUAUUUAAUAAUAGAAUAUUUGUGUCUGCACAUCUACACAUUCACUUGCCGGUCACAUACGCUGUUAAAUGUUGGAUAUUGUUGCGUUUUUUAAUUUAUUUUAUUGCGUUUGUAGCAUCUGUCUGCACGUACACUACCGACUUCAGCGCAAAGCUCUGCCUCAUUUUUUGCCUGUUUGCUUCUGUUUCACCGUGGAUGCCCUCAGCAGUCACAACAAAAGCGCUUUUCACCGUGGAUAGGAUAGGAUAGGAUAGGGUGGGUGUGUAGGAAGGGGCAGCGGUCAGAUUAGGACCGUCUCCAGCAUCUCCGCUCGUAAAAACACGCGGUGGACACGCGCGCUUCUGCCAGCUCGGCACGGGCUGUUGCACGCGCUCCGGGCACGGGCUGUUGCACGCGCUCCGAGCACGUGCUUUGAUCCGUGGAACAGGUGUGAGUUUCGGUGUGUUUUCGAGCGAGGCUGCUUUGAGCAGAACAGGAGCCCGGCUUGUUCGAGCAUGCGCAGUCGGUCCACUCCCCUCCCCCCGCUCCUGUAGUUAAGCCAGCGCUACUCCAAAUCUUCCCUCUCUGUAGAAAAACAGAGCCCUAUCCCCGCUGCAGCCUCUAAUGUUGCGUUUAAAAACACGUCCCUCAUGUCUCCAUGGAAAACUGCAGCUGCUGCCAUUUUUAUUUAAAGCAGUCCAGACAGCGUGGCUGUGCUGCUGCUGCUGCGCUUGGUUUGGGGUUUACACAGACCGAGCUGUAAGUAGGUCGGGCUGGGUUUAAGCGGCUUAACUACGUCAGCCUAAGCUGAGAGGAAUUCAUCCAAAGCCUUCCGCUGGUAGGCGGGGGCCUAAACGAGGCUGGCCUAGUUAAGCCUGAUUCUUAUUGUGUGCAGCACAGCCAGUUUUUAUUGUGCAACAUAGCCGUGAGAGAACCCAGGACCAGAGUGUGAAUCCAUGCACUUGUUAGUCAAAGCCUAACAAGGGUUGAUCUGGAGGAGAAGAGAAGGGAAAUGAGGCAUAAAUGAGUGCUAGGAACAGUGUGUGACCGGGGACCAAGAGAGAGGACAGCAAAGCAGACAACUCUGAGAUUGGGAGCAGUUUUAGGCCUGGUUUGGUCCGCCCCAGUCUGCUAUGCCAUAAGAUGGCCUCCAACUCUGUGUUCAUGUCCAGCAUGGUGGGUAAAGCGCGCUCUUCCAACUUCACCCUCUCCGAGAAGCUGGACCUGUUGAAGCUGGUCCGUCCUCACAUCCGCAUCCUGGAGGAGCACACCAACAAGCACGCCGUCAUCGUGGACAAGAACAAGUGCUGGGACACGGUGGCGGAGCAGUACAACGCUCUGGGAGGGGACAGACCCCACCGCACCGCCCAGGGCCUCAGAACCCUCUACAAGAGGCUGAAGGAGUCGGCCAAGCAGGAAGUGAUGCAGCGGAGACACGCCCAGUCCGAAUACAGAGGGAGCAUCUCUGAGCCGACCAGGAGGAUUAUGGAGAUGAUCCCUCACUUGUUCCAACAUGUGCCCAUCCACGAGAAGGACCAGGCUCUCCGCAGGUUAAUAUACAACAAGCACACGUCCCCCAUUGAGCAUCCUGGCAGCAGCUCCUCUCUGGCUGGACUUCAGGAUUAUUCAGCACCUGUACCAAGCAUCGCGCACGAGGUGGUCCAGCUGGACCCUGAAGAGGACGUGAAACCACCGCCAGACCUCCCUGUCGUCACCUCGCACGCCGUUCCAGUGCUGGACGGAUUUCAAGAGGCAGACGGGGAGCAGGACUUGGCCAGCACCCAUAAUUACCAGGCGUCCUUGUCUCCCGCUUCUUCCUCGGUUAACAUCGCCCUCUCUGCCUCGCCGCUGCCCUUGAGCCACGAAUUCUACCCAAACGACGUCUACCCUCGCCACGAGGCGGACAGGUUUCGUCCUCUGCACCUUGCCAAGGAGGAGCACGAUCUGGUGUUGGCCAAUCACAGGAAGGUUUCCCUGUACCUGGAGGAGAAGAGAGAGGGUCUGAAGAGGAAGCAGGAGCUGGAGGAGGAGCUGCUAAGAGCCAAGAUCAAAGUAGAGAAACUAAAAGCUGCCCGACUGAGACAUGGACUGCCCAUUCCUCUAUAGCAGCAAGCAGCAUGUACAUACUCUGGUUCGCAAAUAUGCUCACAUCCCUGUAGCUUUUUCUUACUUCCAUAAACUUCAAUGUAUUUUAUUGUGACUUUAUGUCAUAAAAAGUACAGUUGCAAAAAAAUUACAGCUGUAUAUUUAUGUUGACUUCCCUUUAUGAAAAAAGUCUAUUCAGCUUUUAAUUUUUGUUAGUCUGCAACCUUGGCUCUGGAGCCAUAAGUGGCUCUUCCACAAUAACUUUGACUAAAAAUUACAAAGAACCAGACAGUUAAUAUUUUUAAAUGCAGAUUUAAUAUCAAAUGCAGGUUUUUAACCUUUUUUCAAAGAUUUCCUGCAAUAUUUGCACAACAUUUUCACAAAGACAAAAAGUGAUGUAAAGAACUUUGAACUGCCGUAACAUUAGUUUAGAAUAUGUGAUUUAAAAAAAUCAAUCCUGUUUUAUGUUUAUGUUAUUAUUAAAUCCUAAAAAUGUAAAUAAUAUCCUGGUUCUAUAAUAGGACAAGAAAUUUCCUAAAGUAGAUAUUUGUCUCAAAAGUUGUCUUCUGUUCAAAAUGACUCCAAACGAGUUUUAUUUGGAUGUCCUGACACCAAAAGGGCUCUUUAGGUUGUAAAGUUUGCAGACUUUGAUCUUAAAUUCACAAUAAAAUACACUGAAGCUGGAGGAUGUAACGUCACUAAAUACGAAAAAGUUUCCCGGUCCUGACUAUUUUUGCGAGACUCUGAGUGUGUGUGACGGUGGAUGUGACACAAGUGCUUCUGAUGAACCGAUUCAUGCUUGACGGCAUUUUUAGAAUCUGAAUUGCUUUUGGAAACGUAGUGCCUCAUCCGUACCUACUGCAUGUGAUUAUCGUCCUUUUUUUAGGGGAUACGCUGCAGUUGGUUACCUUUUAUGCUGAUCGGUGUUGAAUGUUGUCUUCAUUAUUCAUAGAAGUGGCGACAAGACACUGUGAUUGUGUGAAGUAGAAAAACAAUUUCUUCAUCUCCAACUGGAUGGUAGCUGUGGGUUUGUCAGGAUAGUGUUAAUAUUCUUUAUUAACCAAGAUUAUUAGGAUUGCUGUUGCAACGUAAGUGUAAGUAGUAGGACAGUUUGGACAAAUCUUGUCAGUCUGAAAUGAAAAAAUCCCCCCCGUUUCUGUGGCAUUUGAGGUAUUAAGAAGUAAUAAACAUUUAAAGCGAUUAUUUUUCAGGUUCUUGGAAAACUGGACAGUUUUAUAUAUCAGCUUAAAAAUGACAACAAAAAUUAGGUCAUCAUAAAAGAACAAGUCUAAAAAUGUUUUUAAAUCAUAAUUGUGGUACAACAAACAUUUUGAAAAGCCUUAUCAAGUUCUGAUGAAGUGAUGUGAGGUAAAAAUAUGCGACAGUCGGGAAAACUCUGCCUGAGUUGAUGGCCCUCUUAUUUAAGAAGAAGAGGGAUUUUUUUAAUACGUAUAAACAUGUAUAUUUGUUCCUAUUUAAUGUGAAUUUGUUGCUGGUUGUUCUGUAAUGUUUGUAUACCAGUUUGUCCUCUUGUUCACUGGUUUCUAUUAAAGGGCAUUGAUUAAAUCGCU